AUGAUUCAACACGGUAAUACGUAUCCCAUAAUUGAGAAACUUGGUUGUCUAACAGAAGGACAAUUUAAUGUUUUAUCACAUGAUGCUAGAAUGUCAAACCUACAUGCUAAAGUCAAAGAAAAUUUGGCAGUUGCUCACGAAAAAGCGGAAAAAACUUAUAACUUGAGAUGUAGAGAUGUACAAUAUAAAACGGGUCAAGAAAUCUUCAGAAAGAAUUUCCAACAAUCGGACUUUAAGAAAGGAAUUAAUUCAAAAUUAAUUCCACCAUAUAUAAAGUGCAGAAUUAGAAGAAGAGUAGGAUCUUCGAUGUAUGAACUAGAAAACCUUAAUGGUAAAUAUAUUGGCAUUUAUCAUGCCAAGGAUCUUAAAUCCUCCUAA